GAUGAGAUGAGAAAAACACCUAUCAUAUCUUUCUUCAGGGAUCAAAAUUGAGUGGAAAUCACUAGUGUCAUUUUUAAAUGGGAAACUCGGGACAUGUCUUUUUUUUUCAGGAGGCUCUUAUCCACAAGAAUCAGGAUCUUCUUUCUCUGAUCAGAGAUGAGUGAAUCUCAUACUUAUGCCAGUGAACGAGUAAAGUCUGGUGCUUCUAGACAAAGCCAAAAGAGAACAUGUAUAUUAACCACAAGUCAACGUGGACAAAACCCAUCUCCAUUUGUCCUUGCCAGAUCCGUUGCUAUAGCUAUGGGGAUUCGUUUCAUUGGAAUGGCAAUAAUCUGCAGUGCCAUGAUCAUAACUCCAUUAUUCAACCAAGAAGCUCCAAUUUCUUUGAAAGAAAAUUACUGUGGUCCAUGUCCUAAAAACUGGAUAUGUUAUAGAAAUAACUGCUACCAAUUUUUUAAUGAGAGCAAAAGCUGGUACCAGAGCCAAGCUUCUUGUAUGUCUCAAAAUUCCAGUCUCCUGAAGAUAUACAGCAAAGAUGACCAGGAUUUCUUUAGAUUGGUGAAGUCAUAUCAUUGGAUGGGACUAGUACAAGUUUCCACAAAUGGUUCCUGGCAGUGGGAAGAUGGCUCCAUUCUCUCGCCCAACCUACUAACAAUGGUUGAAAUGCAGAAUGGAACCUGUGCAGUCUAUGGCUCAAGUUUUAAAGCUUAUACAGAAAAUUGCUUAACUCCAAACACAUACAUCUGUAUGCAGAGAAUUGUGUAAAAUCUUAUAGUUAAUAAAAUAUGAAGUAUUCAAAGACUCAAAA